UCGAGCUCAGCGAGCAGCUUACACAAGUCCGACCGCGCGCUCCUGUCCACAUCUGCCCCCGCCACAGACCGGUGCCUGUCUCUGUCCGGAUAACCGAACACACUUCUCCUUCAGCUGAGGAAAAAAAAAACCCCACUAACUCAAGAAACAUGGAGGCCAUCAAGAAGAAAAUGCAGAUGCUGAAGCUGGAUAAAGAGAACGCGAUAGACCGGGCAGAGCAGGCUGAGGGGGACAAGAAAGGAGCGGAGGACAAAUGCAAACAGCUGGAGGAAGAGCUGCUGGGUCUGCAGAAGAAGCUGAAAGGAGUGGAGGAUGAGCUGGACAAAUACUCAGAGUCUCUGAAGGAUGCCCAGGAGAAGCUGGAGCAAGCAGAGAAAAAAGCAACAGAUGCUGAGGCAGAAGUGGCAUCCUUAAACAGGCGUAUCCAGCUGGUGGAGGAAGAGUUGGACCGAGCUCAGGAGAGGCUGGCUACUGCUCUUCAGAAGCUAGAAGAGGCUGAGAAAGCUGCAGAUGAGAGCGAGAGAGGAAUGAAGGUCAUAGAGAACAGAGCAUCAAAAGAUGAGGAGAAAAUGGAAAUCCAGGAGAUGCAGCUGAAGGAGGCUAAACACAUUGCUGAAGAGGCUGACCGCAAAUAUGAAGAGGUUGCACGUAAACUGGUGAUCCUGGAAGGGGAUCUGGAGCGCUCGGAGGAGCGUGCUGAGGUGGCUGAGGCUAAAUCAGGUGACCUUGAGGAAGAGUUGAAAAAUGUCACCAACAACUUGAAGUCAUUGGAAGCCCAGGCUGAGAAGUACUCGCAAAAGGAGGACAAAUAUGAAGAAGAAAUCAAAGUUCUUACUGAUAAACUGAAGGAGGCUGAGACCCGUGCAGAGUUUGCAGAGAGGUCUGUGGCUAAGCUGGAGAAGACUAUCGAUGAUUUGGAAGAGAAGCUGGCCCAAGCCAAAGAAGAGAACCUGGACAUGCACCAGGUGUUGGACCAAACCCUUCUGGAGCUCAACAAUCUUUAGAGAUGUCUUCAGAGCUAUGUGAAGGACAGCCCAAAGUAUAGAACAAGACAAAAAAUGGUUUAUCUCCCACCCAAAGCUCCCAGCAUAAGCCCAUACCAAGGGAAUCUUGAUAUAACAUCAACAGUUGUUAUUGUAAUAAAAACAAGAAAGUGUGAAGAUAGAUUCAGAUGUAAAUAUAAAGAGCCCCUGAAGUGAGCAAGACUAUGUCUUGACAGUGUCUAUUUCAAACUGAAGGCUAUUUAGUGUGCACUAGAAACUGCAUACACUGUAUAGUCAAUCAGAAAUGAUCCGAUCAUAAUAUAUUUAAUAAUCAUGUUCCAUGUACAUCUAUCUUGUGUGAAGGAAGAAAGUCACUCAUUGAUACAACUAUCUGAAGAGCCGGUGUUUCCUCUAGAGGGUUUCUCUUGUUUGACCAAACAUGUUGAAGCUUUUCAUUGCAUGUAUUCAUGACUCUAACAGGGCCCGCUAACAUAUCUUUCUGCAAGUUGUAUUGUUUUCAUAAACACACAGUGUAUGCUGGAGUGUUUUAUUUCAGGCUGCAUUAUUUCAAGUCAUUUUGCUAACGUAGGUAUUUUGGGUUCAAAAGUAUGAGCUGAGUUGCAUUUUUAAAAGUCAAUAUUAGAUUGUAAUUGAUUUCAAUUACCAACAGAACACACAAGCAGAAAUUAUGCGGGUGUGACUGAUGUUCCAUGUUAAAACAUGAAAGUACUAAAGUGCUGGGAGCUGUAAUACUGACAUCUAAUUUUGAAUAAAUGUUUUAUAACAAAAAAG